UUUGCAAAAGAGAGAGGAGAAGAACUCUGAAUUGAGAGAGGGCGCUCGUAUUGUCUCCGUAGCUGUUUUCGGGGCCUUGUUGAUAUGUCAACACGUAAUUCCAAUCGCCCAGAAAAAGAGUUAAAAAACUGCGUACGUCAUUGGAUUCGUGGGCUUUGAUUAACAGAAGCUUGUUUGUGUAGUGAAACUGUGUGUAGUUCAAGUUAAAAGCCGUGUUUAACACACAAGAGUCGCGGUGUUUUCGAGUGGGAAAGUUUCAGUCCGUCGUGCGAGACACCCGCCAUCACUGUGUACAGUGAAAAUUGUACAUGUACGCCGUGCGUGUGUCGUGUUGUGUCGUCUGGCUCGUGAAAAAAAAACGCCAUGGCAGCACAUAAAAACAAUUUAAAAGCUGGUUCCUAGUGAUAUUAAUUGGAUCUUGACAACCAUUGUACUUUUCGAAAAGAAGAAACAGAAGCCAAAAGGAACAAGUGUAGACUCCUCUCUUUGGGUUGUUUCCAGAAAGGUUGUCACUGAGUUGACGAAAACUCUUUGAUUGAGUAAUACGAAUUCUCUUAAAGUGUCUCAAGUGAGUGAUUCACAGUGAGGUGACAGAGAAAGAAACUUUUUUGGGGGGUGGAGUAGAAGAAAAAACCCGCGCAACGCUUCACCUCAUUUGACCCCGCCUUCAACAGUAUUGAAAAGGUCAAAAGAGGUCAUCUAGUGACCUCUGCUGAAUGGCGAUGGAAAGCUCCGUUUUGGUCCAGCCUAAGCGACCCGACUGGCACAAACAUGACCAGAUGCAAAUUCACCACAGCAAAACGGGCGAGUGCAUAGUCGUCUCGUCUUCAUCGUCGUCGUCGUCAUCCGGUCGUCCGAGCGGCAACAGCGGCGUCGUUAGCAGCGGCGGUGGUGGCAACAACAGCACCAGUAGCAACAGUACAGCUGUCUAUGGCCGGCUAGUACCCGAAGAACAGCUGGCCGCCCUUGGAAGAGGAUUGUCUGUCAUCAAUCCCAAUGCUGCCAUCAAUUCCUCCUCCUUAGGGAGUUCAUCUCUGUCCUUUGGCGGUGGUAGCUCUGCCUCGACAUCGGCCGCUGGCUCCUCAUCCGAUUUACAGACGAUGCAAUCGCGGAUACCGCGUCAAUUUCGAGACCCGGCCUCCGCACCCCUGCGAAAACUUUCUGUCGACCUCAUCAAAACCUACAAACACAUCAACGAAGUAUAUUAUGCCAAGAAGAAAAGACGAGCGCAGCAACAAGCACCUGGUGAAGAUUCUGGCCAGCAGCACAAUAAGAAAGAACGCAAAGUGUACAACGACGGCUACGACGAUGAUAAUCACGACUACAUUGUACGACACGGCGAACGCUUUCUCGAUCGCUACGAAAUCGACUCACUUAUCGGCAAGGGUUCGUUUGGCCAAGUUGUCAAGGCAUAUGAUCACGAAGAGCAGUGCCACGUGGCCGUCAAAAUCAUCAAAAACAAGAAACCAUUUCUCAACCAGGCCCAGAUCGAGGUCAAAUUGCUGGAGAUGAUGAACAAGGCCGAUGCUGAAAACAAAUAUUAUAUCGUGCGGUUAAAGCGUCACUUCAUGUGGCGCAACCACCUGUGCUUGGUAUUUGAGCUGCUGUCGUACAAUCUAUACGAUCUACUGCGCAACACCAACUUUCGCGGCGUCUCGCUCAACCUGACGCGCAAGUUUGCUCAGCAGUUGUGCACAGCAUUGCUUUUCCUCUCUACGCCUGAAUUGAGUAUCAUCCAUUGCGACCUCAAGCCAGAAAACAUCCUCUUGUGUAAUCCAAAGAGGUCGGCUAUCAAAAUCGUUGACUUUGGCAGCUCUUGCCAGUUGGGUCAGCGGAUAUACCAGUACAUCCAGUCGCGGUUCUACCGAUCGCCAGAAGUGCUCCUGGGCAUACCCUACGAUUUGGCUAUCGACAUGUGGUCAUUGGGGUGCAUCCUGGUGGAAAUGCACACGGGAGAGCCGCUAUUUUCGGGAGCCAACGAGGUGGACCAGAUGAACAAGAUUGUCGAGGUUCUAGGCAUGCCACCGCGCGCCAUGCUCGACUCGGCUCACAAGACCAAAAAAUACUUUGACAAACUGCCCGAUGGCUCCUACGUCUUGAAAAAAUCAAAAGAAGGCAAAAAGUAUAAAGCGCCUGGUAAUCGCCGUCUACACGACAUCAUCGGCGUGGAAUCGGGUGGUCCUGGAGGUAGACGGUCCGGGGAAAUCGGGCACUUUGUGUCGGAUUACCUCAAGUUUAAGGACCUCAUAUUGCGAAUGCUGGAUUACGACCCCAAAACGCGUAUAACACCCUACUACGCCCUGCAGCACAACUUCUUCAAGCGGACGGCCGACGAAGGUACUAACACGCACAAUAACUCGGCCUCAACGAGUCCGGCCAGCAUGGCGGAUCAUUCCAGUCAAGCGGUUAUAGCAGCGGCAGCGGCCGCCGAAAGUAGAGCGCGGUCGGAUCCGAGCCACGGUGCGCCGAAUUAUUCGACAACAGCGUCGUCAUCGACAGCCAUCCAGCCGUCGGCUAUGGAAUGCGAAAGUCCCAGAGGCCUACCUCCAUACCUGCACCAGCAACAGCAACAGGGUCACUCACGACCGCACCCUCACCAUCUACCUACUUACUCGAAUUCGUCGUCAUCGGCAGCAGCCAGAAGAUACGCGUCCCACCUGGACACGGGCGGUGGUGUAGGAGUUCAAGUGCUGAAUAGCGCCAAUCCAAGUGUCUUUACCUCCGGUUCUUCGGCCUUUAUCGGAUCGAGUUCAGCGUUUUCUGUUGGUAACAACAACCCGUCAUCCACCUACAGCAAUCUGGGUGUAGGCAGUGGUGGAGUGAACUACAUCGGCGGUCCGUCAGCUUCGUCGUCGGCGACGACAUCAGCGCUGGACUGCACGCAGAGCGGCAGCCUCAAUUUACCGCUGUAUCAAACCUCCUACAGUCUAAUUCAUCCGACUAGUGGCCCGUCGGCCACGAGCUCCUCUGGUUAUUUCAAUGCCUCAUCCUCCAAUUCCAUCUAUCCCUUCCCUUCCAGUCACGGGAGUAGCAAUAUCAACAGUAGUAGUAGUGCAUUUAGCAGUAUGAAUGGCCCCGCAGCGUCCUCCUCCAUCUCUUCGACUGCUCCUCAGCUCAUCUACGCCAACGAAAUGCCGUUGGCGGCGGGAGCAGCCGUGUCCAGUGGCGGAGGAGCCAUCAAAAAUUCUCGGCCCGGACCUCAACUGGCAACAUCGGCCAGUGGUAGCAGCGACCGAUCCGACAGUCCCAUGCAAGUGGGUGUUUGCGUCCAGCAAAGCCCUGUCGCUAGCCAUUGAUAGAGCAUCAAUUUUUUGUGUUUUGUUUUCCCUCUUUCUUUUAAGAAAAACCAAAUCUUUUACGACGCUGUUCUCUUUAUAGACACACAUAGAAGAGAGCGACAAGUCGCUGUGAAAAAUUCGUGAACCUCCUCUUUGUAUUAUUAUGAUUUUUUUUUUACUUAUCCAUUAUCGGAAGCGAGCCGGAUGGGUUUUGUUUUGCUCAACCUUAGUACUACAAUUACUACAGCAUUUUCGUGAUCACGAAAAAUGUGUUUCUUUUUCCCCUCUUUUUUAAAAAAAUUGGCUAUUAUCACUUUGCCACGACUCCUUCGCCUUCUUCGUUUUUUUAUUCCCCCUCUUUUUAAUCGAAUUACCUGUCGUGUUUAUUUUCGAAUUUUUAAAAAAGAAUCCUGAAUUAAUCACCCGAAUUUUCUAUGUUUCAAAAAUCAACACACUAAAGAAUUAGGUAUGCAAACUUGACGCGAAAGAGUUCCUAUCCGACCGUCGCCCCCACCAAACUGCCUCACUCUGAUUUUAGUAGCAUCAAAAACCGAAUUUUUAUUUCCUUCAAUAUUUCUCUACUCCUCCGCCGAAUCUGUCUUAAAUCCGCGAAUAACAGUGACCAACGUGAACAAAAACCAGAAAAACAUGUUAAAUUUCAAAACAAAAACAAAAAAAAAGCCGAUUAGUUUUUAAGACAAUUUUUGUUUUGUGUUUUUAAUUAAUCCUCAGUAACCAAUAUAUCUCUCGCAUAUAAAUGUAAUUGCAUAUGAGAAUAAGGAAUCAGACAGGGAACCUGUGCGUGUCUUUUCGAAUUUGUGUAUGUGUGUUCCUUCCUCGCGCAAUGGCUCGAGAAAAUGCGUACGCGUGUUUUUAAUUUAUUCGCCUCUUGUGUGUUUGUAGACAAAUUUUCUCUCUAUAUCCCCCCAAUUCUUAUCUUUUUUUUUCCUAUUUUGAUAGACACGAGAAACCUUCAUCGACGGUAAAAAUAACGAGACAAUUUCUUCAAUUGUUGCUUUUUUGUUUGUUUUUGCAAGCAAAAGAAAAUGAAAUACUGAAAUUGCUGUAUCGUUGGUAUUUCCUCUCCCGAAUGAUUAAUGAUGAAGACAAUGUGUAUCCCUUUUGCCCCCCGCCCCAAUCGUAUCUUUGUAACAAUGACGAUAAUUUCAAUAAUUUCCCUUUAUUUAAUAUUUUGGUUUUAUUCCUUUUUUUUUUUUUUACUGUCUUGCCAAUAAGUAUACCGUGUAUGUUAUGCUCGUUUGUUCUUCCCUUUCUAUUUUAAGCUCCUCAUUUUACCGGGAGGUUAAAGUGAGGAGAAGAAUUGAAACUUUGAUAACUAAUUUCUUUUGCAUGAUGAGCUGAUGUACAUAAAUGAAGAGAAAAGAGGAGAGCAAACACUGUUGGAAAAGGCGUGUCUCUCUCCAGAAUGUGGAUAUACAUGCACGAAAAUAUAAAGAAUGAACGAAUGGGUUGAAAAAAACAAAUGAGAGUUCGAAAUUAAUUUGCCUCGUUAACUGCAAUCCACAUUUGGAUCGAUAAAUAAAUACGUUAUUUGACAGGAUU